CUGUUAACAAAAGCCAAGUAAAAUUUUUAAUGACGGUGUGAUCAUGCAAGUGUAUGAAUUUUCAAUUGAAAUGAUCUUUUACUGGACUGGUGGUGUUUGAGUAAAUUACAUCCCUAAGUAAGGCCACUUUGCAGAGUUAGAGCCUAUAAAUAGAGGCACCAAGCAAUGAAGUCUGUCAACUUGCACAAAGUGCUCUAGCUCUUUCCCUUACAAAUAACCAUGAAAGUUUUAUCAUUGUUCUUCCUUGCCAGCAUUAUAUCAACAUGCCAAGGAAUCCCCCAACAAAUUGGCGGCCACCACAAUCCUGGCAUUGACUGUCUCAGUUGGCAUCUAGCUGUGGAAACUAACAUCUGUGACUGGGAGGUGGCUCCACAAGCUUGUGAAAACUACGUUGGACACUCUCUGGCUGCCUCAAAUUGUUUGAAUGAUCGUGCCAGGACAGUCAGACUAUGACAUCGAGUUUGCUGAGUGGAGAGAGAAGGUGGGGGGCUUCUGCCAGAAAAAGUGGCAUGACUGUUUUAGGGAAAGUCACAGUUCCAAAACCCAUAAACUUACCAAGUCAAAGGUUAGAAAAUCAUGGCUUGGACCCAAGUGUGGAAAUUGUUCCUAGGGGCACCCUUAGCUGGGGCAGUAAAUCAUCUUCUUCCACACCAAAUGCGUGGGGUUCUUCAGCACUGUCUCCGAGAGCUGAUGGUGGUACUGGUUCACCAAGUCAUGUAAGUGGCCGUCCUUCAUCUGGUGGCAGCAGCACGCGACCGUCAACUGCUGGUUGUGAUAGAGCUCAUGAACCUACUGCUAAUGCAUGGGGUCCAAACUCUAGGCCAUCAUCAGCUUCUGGUGCAUUGACAUCUAGUCAGACGUCACUAACAUCAUUGCGUCCUCGCAGUGCAGAAACAAGACCUGGUAGCUCACAGUUAUCCCGGUUUGCAGAACAAUCAUCUGAAAAUCCAGGGCCAUGGAGUGCUGCUGGGACUGCAGAGAAACUGGGAGUAAUGGCACCCAAGAAGGAUGCAUUUUCUCUGACUUCUGGAGAUUUUCCAACACUUGGUUCGGAGAAGGAUAUUUCUGACCAUGGUUCUCACAGGCGCCCAGGCUCGUCUUCCGAUGGAAUAGCACUUCCCAAAGAGAGGAGCGGGGCUUCUAUAGUUGGUUUGUGUGAUGUUUCUGUAAAUGCAAAUGUGAAAAGCGGUACUGCAAAUUCUUGGGUAAGAGAUCUCCCCACAUAUGGUGAUGAGGGAGUCACAACCGGCGCAGAGAGGUGGCAGGGCGAUCCCCAGCCAUACCCUAAUCCUAGUAUUCCUCCUCAACAUUAUGAAGCUUGGCAUGGUCCUCCAGUAACUAACCCUCCAGGUUGGUUCCGACCUCCAGGAGGUCCUCCAUAUGGAGCUCCUGUUGCUCCUGGUGGCUUUCCCAUGGAACCAUUUUAUUAUCGUCAUCAAAUCCCACCUACUGCUCUUGCCAAUCCACAGCCAGGUCCCCCACCAGGAGGCGCACCAAGAGGACACCAUCCUAAAAAUGGAGAUUUGUAUAGACCUCAUAUGCCCGAUGCUUAUAUUCGCCCAGGUAUGCCAAUGAGGCCUGGCUUUUUCCCUGGUCCAGUUGCAUAUGAAGGCUAUUAUGGUCCACCGAUGGGUUACCACGCAUCGAAUGAACGAGAUGUUCCAUUUAUGGGAAUGGCAGCUGGCCCCCAUGUUUAUAACAGGUACCCAGGCCAAAAUGUUCCUGAGCCUGGCAAUUCUCAGGGAAGAUCUGGUGGAUAUGGUUCUACUGGCAAAACAUCGGCUGCAGAACAUGUGGAAUCUGGUCAUCAUCAUGAUACUCGAGGACCAUACAAAGUUCUUCUGAAGCAGCAGAAUUGUUGGGAGGGAAAGAAUGAAGAGAAAAAAUGGGAGGGUAUGGUUGCAACAAAUGCUGCAUAUGUUGAGAAGGGGGACCAACCAGGAAUUUCUUCAUUGGAAAAUGACCAGAGGUCAGAUUACAGAAAUGAUGAGGAGAUGGCUUUGAGAAGAACAGAAACCAGUCAAGAAGUAUCGAGUCAGACUUAUGACAACCAACGAUCUUAUUCUUCUGUCCCUGUAAAAGUAAAGUCUCCUGAAAGUGUGGGAAAUAUGAGGGUAUUGGAUGUCAUUUCGGUGACACAUUUGGAACACACAUCCCCUGGUUUACAAGAAGUUCAAGGUCCUGUUUCAGCUGUUCCAAAAGAUUCCUCUCUGAUUCAAAAAAUUGAGGGAUUAAAUGCAAAAGCCCGGGCUUCUGAUGGACGGCAUGAUAUUACAUCUGUUUCCAGUUUGGAGGAGCGAAAGGAUAAAUUUCAGGUUCAGAAUGCCAAGGCUAACCUUUCUACAAAUGAAGGUGGUAGUGGUUUUGUGUAUACUGAGAGAACCCACACCACUGGAAUGACAAAUUCUGCCUCCCGUGAAAUGGGAUUUUCUGCUGGGGAUAAGAGCCUUGAAUCUACAGUAGUCAGUGGAACAACCAUCUCCAGGAGAUCUACACAUGGUGUGCAAGGCAGAGGUGGUAAUCGUGGAAGAGGAGCACUCAAUAGCCAAGAGGUUGAUGGGUGGCGGAAAAAAUUUCCAGUGGUAGACUCUCCAAGCGUUGUAUUAGCUUCACAUUCUGAUGUUCAUGUGCAUGACCACCAUACCUCUGUUGAGGCUUCUGCAAAGUCUGGACCAUAUCCUGUAGCAAGGGAUGAGAGAGAAUCUGCUGCUCCUGUUUCUGAUCCAAGUGAUUAUCAAGCACAGCGUCCUAAGUUGAGAGAACUUGAGCAACGCGCCAAACAACUAAAGGAGGAGGAGGAAGAACGGACAAGAAGGCAAAUGGCCAAGGCUCAUGCAAAAUUGGAAGAGUUGAAUAAGCGUAAACAAUCUAUGGAUGGUUCAAAUCAGCAGUCAGAAGAUGCUUUAAGUGGUGCUAUCCAGAAUAAGCAAGAAUUGAAUGUAGUUCCUCAAAUUAGUGAGGGUAGCACCGGUAGGGCGGAACAAUCCUGUAUUUUGUCCAGUGAGCUACCUCCAGAGAAACCUAAGAGUGCUAACAGGGAACCUUUAGUGCAAAACCAGUCGGUGUCCUUGCAGCGAGAUGCUGAUUGUGCUGAUGUUGCUCAUGUUAAUAAUGCUCCCCAUGUUCAUGAUGGUAAUGCCUCAAAGCAGAAGCGUAUGAACUACAAACAAAAGCAGAAUAUUCUGUCAGAAAAGAAAAUUGAUGAGAAGUCAAUUUCCACCCAUAAUGAUGAGGCGCUGAAAAGUCAUCCUGAUGCAGCAGGUAAGGUCACAGUGUCAGUUGGGGGACUUGCUAAUGAAAGUGCUUUGAGCUGUGAGUCAAGCUUGCCUGUGAAUGCAAAUGCCAUGGCUGAGUCGUCCGUUCAUCAGAGAAAGAAGAAUAACAGAAGUGGCAAGAACAAGCACAAAGCGGAGUCGGCAUCGUCUAUGGUGGCUUUACAAUCAUCAGAAUCAAAAGAAACAAAUCUUGUAAAUGCUUCUGUUGAAAGUGGUAGGCCAAAGGCUUCUGAGUCUGAGUUGGAUCCUAAUUCAAUUGAGUUGGUAACUAUUUCCAAAGAUGCAAAUCAGUUACUAGAACAGCGCUUAUCUUUACCCAGCGAAGAUCAUGGUAGAGUGAAUAGCCAGGGGAAAUCUCAGCAGUCUCGCAGGACACCAAGAAAUCCACAUGUUAAUAGAUCCACAGAGAGAAUCCAGAGCGAUGUUAUUUGGGCACCGGUGCGGUCACAGAAUAAAGCUGACACUGAUGAAGCCAGUCAUAAAAAUGUAGUUGAGUCCAGUAUUUCAUCCGUCAAGAGUGAUCAUCAAGUCCAGAGCAAUCCCAAAAAGAGGGCAGAAAUGGAGAGAUACAUACCAAAGCCUGUAGCAAAGGAAAUGGCUCAGCAAGGAUGCAUUCAACAACCAGUGGCAUCUUCAAUCAAUCAGAAUAUAUCAGAUGAGACUGUGGGGAAAGCAGUUUCUAGUUCUCAAUUCACGGAAUUUAGUCAACCUGCUAGUUCAGCUAGUGGAAAAGUUGGGCUUCCCUUGGAGUCCAGGAAUGGGGAUGGUAGACAGAACAAGCAGGGAAAAGCACAUGGGUCGUGGCGGCAACGGGGUUCAAUGGAGUCGGUCGGCAUGCAAAGUAUGCAGGAGGGACCUUCUUCAUACCCUGAUCGGAAUGUUCAAAAAUCAAUUGAGGAUUUCCAACCUCAGAAGCCUGAUGUGAAUUCAGUGAAAGAGCAACCGAAAUAUUCUGAAGAAAGUAAUGCUUCUGAUGGAUGGAACAUUCCCAACAGUUCUGAUUCAGUUCCACCGGUUGCAGUUUCUGUCAUAAAAGAUCAGGGAGUAACAGGCAGAACGAAACGGAAUCCACUCAAGGGACAGAAAGGUAUGGGGAAUAAUAAUGAUUCUGAUCACAAGAAAAUAAAUACUCAUUCUUCAGCCUCUGAAAUGAGUCAGUCAGACUUGCCUGCUACUUCAAAAGAAAAUAGAGGUCUUGGGGAACGGUCAACUGCUCAUUGGCAACCCAAAUCUCAGAUGUCUUCAGCUAAUUAUCAACGGGGAGGCAGAACCAAUAGUGGUCGAAGUGUAGAUGGUGAAGUUGCUUGGACAAACAAAAAGGAGUCUACUCCCCAGGGUGAAGUACCUCUGGCAGCACAACAAGACAAGAGGUCAGGUGAAGUUGUAUCCCAGCCUCACCAUGAUGAGUCUCCCUCUAAAAAAAGCACUGCAGAAGAAGCAUUAAAUGUAGGGCGUCAAGAGGCUAAAAGAGGUAGAAAAGUAGGUUCGCUAAAGGGACGAACCCAAUCCCCGAAUCAAGUUCACGUUAGCCCAGUUGAACAUGCUCCUGCAAAUAUUGAUGUUAGACAUGAGCAACGGUCAUCAUCAGGGUUUCGCAAAAGUGGAAACCAAAACAAUAACCGUUUUGGCAGAGGGAAUGAAUCUCGUGGAGAUUGGAACUCAUCUGGGCAAGAUAGCAAACAUAACAACCAACCUGUAAACUGGGAAAGGCAGAGGCACAAUUCACAUUACGAGUACCAGCCAGUGGGCCCGUAUAACAAUAACAAGUCCAAUGCUGAAGGACCUAAAGAUGGAACUCAUAAUGCAGGUCCGAGGUUCAGGGAGAGAGGUCCGAGUCAUUCAAGGCGUGGUGGGGGGAACUUUUAUGGACGGCAAAGUGGCAAUGAUCGAGUAGAUGCUGGUUAUGAGUAGUGAUUGUAGAAAUUCCAUGGUCAGGUUUUUGUUUGACUAUAAACAACUCCAUAAUUUGUAGUGGAUUGAUCCCUCAUGUUUUCAGGGCUUGGAGCAAACUUGAUGUGAAGUGAUCUUAGGUGGUUAGUUUCCUCUCAUAUUUUUGCAAAUGUAUCUGAUCUAAGCAUUGUAAUUUGGUCACAGUGUGUUUACUGUGGAACCCUCAAUAUGUCAUUUUAAGCCUUGUAUUUAGUGACCAUUAUCCCUUUACUAUGGAACACGAGAGAGGAAGAAGUGAAGUUUUCUGGUUCCCCUUCGUAUAUCGCAAUUUUCGGUUUGUGUUGU